AUGGCGUUCGGCCUGAUGCAGGGAGUUGGCAUGACGAGAGGGUCGGGGUCGCUGGCAUCCUCGACUUCAUCCUCCCGCUGCCUCAACAUGCAGCUCGGAGGUGCCAUGGAGGACAGCCGAGUCUUCAUCUUCGGUCUCGGAUACGUGGGCCAGGCCCUCGCCAAGCAUCUCCAGCAGCGCUGGGGAUGUCAAGUCAGCGGGACCUCGCGGUCCGGCAGAGAGGCAGAGAGGCUGAGCAGCCUUGGGAUCCGGACCUUCCUCUUCUCGGGGGGGGAAGAGCCUCUAGCGCUGUGCGAGGAGGGGCAGGGGAGGCUGCGGGAAGCAACCCACGUCCUCUCCACGAUCCCCCCCAGCUCGAACGGGGACCCUGUGCUAGUGGAGCACUGCGAGACGCUGAGGAGCCUCCGCAGCUCGUGGGUCGGCUUCUUGUCUACCUGUGGCGUCUACGGCGACCACGAGGGCGAGUGGGUGGACGAGGAGAGCGCGACGAGGGUGGGGCAGGAGGAUCGGGCGGCCCAGUGGCUGCAGGCGGAGGAGAGGUGGCGAGCCUGCACGGGAGGAGGAGGAAACGUCUUCCGGCUCGCUGGGAUCUAUGGGACAGGACGAUCAGCCAUCGAUUCCGUCAGGAGUGGCCGGGCCGCGAGGGAGGACGAGGACAAGCUCGUGUCUCGCAUCCAUGUUGAAGACAUCUGCAGCGUCCUCCGCGUCUCGAUGGAGUCAAACUCCCAAGCUCGAGUAUUCAACGUGGCUGACGACUACCCAUGCUCCCGCAGUGAGGUAUACAACUUUGUCAGGCAUCUGCUGGAGCAGGAGGGAGUCGAGGUUCCCGACGCAGCAGCAGCAGCAGCAGUCACCGAUGUGGGCAAGAAGGGGAGGAGGGCGCGGAGAGGCAGCAAGAAGGCGUCGAGCUUGCUUAUCCGAGCUACCGUGAGGGGCUUGCGGCUGUCUUGGAAGAGUUGA